AACACAUUUACCUCCAGAGAGUUUAAAAGCAUGCACGCGCGCGGCUCCUCCAUGCUUUUCACGGAGCAACUUAGCUCGCGCUGUAAAUUACCAUGGUGACACACUCGCCUGCAUAAAAGCCUACGUGCACACAUCUCACUUAGUGAGUCCGGAUUGUGGCCGUGACGACGUCGUAAGAACCAGCUCAAUGACUCCGAACUCCUCCGAAGACACUCGGACCAUCUCUGCCUUCGCCUCCAAGCUGACUCCAGUGGCCGACGUGUGUGUGGGACUGGUCAUCCUCUUCGUCGUUCUGCUCUCUGUUCUUGGAAAUGGGCUGGUUCUGGUAAUUUGUUACCGCAGGAGGAAGAAGAUGGUGGGCUCAGAGCUGCUGUGCGUCAACCUAGCCGUGGUCGACUUCUUCUGCUGCCUCUGCUUCUACCCGCUCUCCAUCCUGUCCUCUUUCCAUCACCGUUGGCUGGGAGAAAACAUCACAUGCAUUUACUACGGUCUCGGCUGCUUCAUCUUUGGCCUGUGUGGCAUGUUCACCAUUGCCGCCAUCAGCAUAAUCCGCUACCUGAAGACCUGCCACAGCUCGAUUUAUGCUGGCUGGCUGAAAGGAGCUAACAUCAACAUAGCGUGCGGCUCCACCUGGCUCAUUGCUGCUGUGUGGUCCAGCUUGCCUCUGUUUGGUUGGGGCAAGUACGUCCCUGAGCCGUACGGACUGUCCUGCACCGUCGCCUGGAAGGGAUAUCAUACCUCAGCCAAGGAUGCCUUCUACGUCAUUUGCUCCUUCGCCUGCUUCACAAUGGUUCCGGUCCUCCUCAUCGUGGUGUCCCAGUGUCAGAUCCUCUACAAGGUGUCUCGCUUCUCCCACUUGCUGUCUACGAGACACAGCUGCAACAAACUGCGAUACGCUGAAAAACAACUCUCCAUGAUGUUUUUCUGCAUCAGCCUGGGUUUUAUAAUUGCCUGGGCGCCAUACGCUAUUGUGUCCUUCCUCUUUAUUUUCCACAAGGGGACCCAGUACAUGGCUCCUGAGGGCUUUGUGUUUCCCGCCCUGUUCGCCAAAAGCUCCCACAUCUACAACCCAUUCAUUUACUUUUACUUUAACCAGCCUUUCCAAAAGGAGCUUCGCUGCCUGCUCUGUCCCAAGUUGGGAGGAAACCAAGUGGGCGUGGACUUUGCCGAAGUCCAAGUUCAAUAUCCCAUCCACAUUCAGCUCCAGGAAAGACGCUACGUCCAAAAGAAGAAUGUUGAUUUAUCUCGCGUCAUAACUCACAGCAAGGGCAAAGGCAAAGAAAGAGACCAAGAACAAAGAACAAAGGACUGCACAGAAACAGCAAUCAUGUCCUAACCAGGCCGGUAUAUGCCAGUCUGUAAAACAAAACAUUUUGUAAAACACUUUCCACAUUUCCCUCAGCAUUUCAACAUUUCACAAAACCAAACAUUUCCCAAAACACAACAGCAAAGCAAAAAAUCUAAUGACAUUUGAUGAGACCCAAACCGGAAAAGGUAGGUACUUAUUG